AUGGGUGAUUCAGAUCUUCUGGAACAAGUUCAAGACGGAAUUCGGUUCCUUCAAAAUUUCAAACUUGCAAUCGAAGAAUGCCCUUUACAACUGUAUUCAUCCGCCCUGCUUUUCUGUCCAGAGCAGAGCAGCACUCGAACUUCUUUUCGGGAAGAAAGCUUGGGCAGUGUCAAAGUAUAUCCAAGCAUAGAAUAUUGGAACCCUUGUCUCCAAACGCUGGAAGGUCAUCGUUACAGCGUCAAUCUUUUGGGAAUAUCACCGGACGGCAAGCGCUAUCUCUCAGCAUCAGAAGAUGGUUGUAUCAAGCUAUGGGACUCGAUCAAUGGCGGGUGCACAUUGAGUCUAGAGGGACACAGUGAUGAGAUUUCGUCUAUCAUCUGGCUCGAAGAUGGGGCUUUCUUGGCUUCAGCCUCGUAUGACGCAAAAAUUAGCACCUGGGAUUUGAGUACUGGCAAAUGCAUAUCGACUCUUCAAGGACAUACUGCAGGUGUCAAUGCAAUUCUAGGACUUCACAAUGCAACGGAACUUGUUUCGGCAUCUACCGAUAAGACGAUCAAGAUCUGGGAUCGGGCUAAGGGUGUGUGUACGAAGAGUUUAAAAGGUCAUGAGAAGGCAGUUACCUUCAUCAUUUGGCUACCCUCUGAAGGGAAAUUGGUAUCCGCAUCGGAUGAUACUACCAUCAAGAUCUGGGAUCCUGUUUCAGGCCAUAAUCUCUCAACUAUCACCACACAUACUCAGAAAAUCAGAUCGAUCAUUUCCUCUCAGGAUGGAAGCUUGGUCAUUUCUGCAUCAGAUGGAUUUCCUGUGAAGGUUUGGGAUACCAACACAUGGCAGUGCAUCAUGAGUCUUGAAACGCACUCUUUCGGAUACAAAGACUUGGCGAUUUCCCAUGAUAACAGGCUUCUGACACUCGAUGCUAUUACAAGCCAGAUCAAUAUCUGGGAUCUCUCAGUUGGUGAAAAUCUUAUAGAGUUCAGUGUCGGUCAGCGUUCCAUACACUCAUUUGUUUGGUUCAAUGAUGGAAGACUUGCAACUGCAUAUGCAGAUGGGAUAAUCAAAAUUUGGAAUUCCUCUUCUGGUCAAUGUCUGUCUACGUUGAAAGGACACAGAGACAGACUUGCAUAUUUGAUUUCGUCUCAGGACGAAACAAAACUUAUCUCGGCUUCAUGGGACAAGAGCGUGAAAAUAUGGGACAUUCCUACCACACCUAUGGAAACCGAGACAGCAAAAGAACUUCAAGUUGAAAAGGCUGAAUAUAUCGUUGGGUCGCAUAGUGGGACGCUAUUUGCAUCGAAAUAUCACCAGAUGGUCAAGGUCUGGGACUCAGAUACUGGUCGAUGCGUGUCUACCUUUAAGAACGAUGAAGAUGGUAUAAUUGGGGCUGUUUCUUGGUGGUCAGAGGAUUCCAUCGCUAUAUCGCUCGCAGACCAAAAGGCCAUCCAUGUAUGGAACCACCUGACGAACAAGUGUAGCUUGACAUUUCAUGGGUUUGAUGUUCAACACAAAACUGAUUGGCUUGUUACUUUCAUGGGCAGAUCUCAUCAUGGAUCCCAGUAUGCCGCUGCUUCUGAUCUUCAUAGGACCGUCAGAUUUUGGGACCCAGUCUCAGGUCAAAGUCUUCGAUCUUUGAGAAUUCCAGAAAUCGGGGCGAAUACAAUCAUUUCAUAUGAUGGAGCCUACUUUGCUUCCGUCUGUGAUGACCAAACGAUCAAGGUCUGGGAUGCAUCAACAGGUCAACUCUUUUCAACGCUGGAGGGUCAUCGCAGCCCCGACGAAGGUACAUCAGUUAGCCAGUGGCGUGUUAACAGCAAGGGAUUGGUUCAAGAUCCUUAUACUGGACAAUGGUUACCUAUAAUGGAAUCAUGGCUUGUCUGGCGCAAGGUGAUUGUGGAUACAUUCCUGUGUUGGUCAGAUGACAGCAAAUGGCUUGUUUCAGCAUCUCUCAAGAGCAUCAAGGUUUGGGAUAUCGCAACCAGCCAGUGCGCUCUCAUGCUUGACAUUGGUCGACACGCCGGCAAAAUUCGAUUUUCUGAAACUGAUCCCUAUAUUUUGGACACCAGCAUUGGAUCAUUUGAUCUUCGACCAUAUCUGACAAUGCCUAUCCCCGAGACUGGCCAUUUAAUUUCCUCGCCGCGACCUAGAGGAUAUGGAUUCAGCGAGGAUCGGGGUUGGAUCACAUUGAACGGCGUGAAUUUUCUAUGGCUGCCACCCGAGUAUCGCCCAGAGUCGACUCAGCAGACGGAUUUGUAUGGAGAAACUGUGGUGAUUGGCAGUGUGACGGGACGAGUGUUGUUCUUGAAAUUUCCAAAGGGAGACUGCUUGACAAUUUGA